CGUAUUUUGUCUGUCCCGACCCAUUGCCACCGCUAUUUGCGUUGAAUUUAAGAUCCAAAAAUCCAAUAACACAUUUCUCUUUAUCCUACGGUCCAGAGCGCGAUCCAGCCACCAACCCGGCGAUGAUGGCUGCUUUAUCCACGUUACUUGUAAAAAGGGGCAUUGCAAGGAAACUGGUGCCCAUCGUAUAUACCUUACAUGUCAUACCAAGAAGGAAUUUUUGCAAUGCUGUUGCUGGAGGAGGAGCUCAUUCUAAUCAGAGGGUGGAAAAACCUCAAGACUGUGAAGAGAAGGUUGAAGUGACAACUAAGUCUGGCCAACAUGACAUCGCCAUUGUUGGUGGAGGCAUGGUGGGCUUGGCCCUUGCAUGUGCAUUAUCAAGUAUCCCAUUGACAAAACAUUUAAGUGUCGCGAUUAUUGAUAGCAAUCCUGCCCUAGGAUUGAGAACUUGGCUCAAGAAAGAUGAUAUACCUGAUUCAAGGGUCAGUACAGUUACUCCUGCAACCAUAUCCUUUUUUGAAGAGAUUGGUGCUUGGGAGUAUGUUAAGCAACAAAGACAUGCUUUUUUUGAUCAAAUGCAGGUAUGGGAUUACACAGGGUUGGGCUACACAAGGUAUAAUGCCAGAGAUGUGGGCAAAGAAUGUCUUGGAUGCGUGGUGGAGAACAAAGUGCUCUGCAAUUCUCUUUUGUUGUGCUUACAGGAAAAAGACUUCGAGAAGACAGUCUACCCUGCCAGAUUAACAUCUAUGAGUUUCCAGUCAAAAUAUCCGUCUGCUGGAACAGCUACUUAUCAAGCAGGCAAUAAGAGCACUUCAUCAGGAACAACUCUGUCUGAUGAUACUUCUGAACAAAUCCAUCAUGAUCAUUUGGUGAAGUUGGACCUGAGUAAUGGAAAGAGCCUCCACGCAAAAUUGGUGGUUGGAGCUGAUGGUGCCAAGUCACACGUUAGGGAGAUAGCUGGAUUGAAGACUACUUGCUGGAAUUAUUCACAAAGUGCAGUUAUAUGUACAGUUGAGCAUACUGUGGAAAAUCAUUGUGCGUGGCAGAGAUUUCUGCCUUCUGGUCCAAUUGCACUCUUACCUAUAGGUGACAAGUUUAGCAAUAUUGUGUGGACAAUGGGUCCAGAGGAAUCUUUGCACCAUAAAUCAAUGAGCGAGGAUGAUUUUGUAAAGGCAGUGAACCAUGCUCUGCAUUAUGGUUACGGCCCUUAUCCCCAGUCAAGUAUUCUUGAUCGUUACAUGGAGAGAUUUUCUUGGGUUACUGGUCAUGGGACUCCAUCAACAACAGAAUACUUUGAGGUGCCACCCAAAGUUACAAAUGUGGUCUCAGAAAGAAUGGCUUUUCCUCUAUCACUAAUGCAUGCUCAUGAUUAUGCAUCAGAACAAGUGGUGCUUAUUGGUGAUGCAGCACAUACAGUCCAUCCUUUAGCUGGUCAGGGUGUCAAUUUAGGGUUUGGAGAUGCAUCUGCUUUAGCAAAGGUUAUUGCUGAAGGUCUAAAAGUGGGCACUGACCUCGGACAGCUCUCCUUACUGAAGCAAUAUGAGAAGGAACGGAAGGCUGCUAAUGUCACUAUGAUGGCAAUACUCGACGGUUUUCAGAAGGCUUAUUCUGUCGAUCUCGGGCCCAUCAAUCUCUUGAGGGCUGCUGCAUUCCAUGGUGCUCAAUAUAUCGGACCACUCAAAAAGAAUAUAAUGUCAUAUGCUAUGGGCGAGCAAAAGUGGCCACUUUUUUCUUGAAAGAAGGGGGAGAAAAGAUUCAAUCUUGUAUCGAUAUUCUUACCAACUGGAUGUUGAAGUUUAAGUAAAAUAUUUUUCUUUGCUAAUUGUUUAACAUCAAAACUUCGAAGGAACUUGUAAUUGUGUCGGAACUAAUGAAGUUGAUAUUGGGCACUAUAUAAAAGUACCAGUACCAGUAGAGCUGACGAGAA